UGAAAUAAAUUCCUACAUGCCGCCAACUGGUUGAUGUUUUGUGUGUUUUUCCUUCUCUGUGCCAUUGGUGACCGCCAUUUCAGCCCAAGUUGGGGGCUUCCAUGCCGUGCUGGCCUCGGGUUAUUAUUUUUCCGUGCCCGAGUGGGUCUGUGCAUGUCCACCCGGUCUGCACGAUUGACUCGUGCCAAUUCUGCCAAGCAGACAGUACGCUCCAGCCGUGGUUUUGGAAGCAGACCUGACCGGACAUCCCGAGCUGAACAAGUUCAAGUAGAUCGAGGUAUCACACAUUGUGAAGAGAAAAGGCCUGACACUUCACCUGCUCCCCAUCGCGAAAUCUGUGCCAUCUGCUUGGAAUCAUUGGAUGAUUGCAGUUUCAGCUAUCCUUGUGGUCAAGGGCACCGACUGCAUUAUGGAUGCAUGGUACAUUUCUUGGGCAGUGUCUUGGCUUUGCCUUUGUCGGAUGACACUCCAGGGCCCUUGCUGAAAGAACAGGUGCGCGACUUGGGAAAUGGCUGGAAAGCCAUUGGAGUACUGGAAGUUGCUCUGGAGAUCAUGACGCACGAAACCCGAAGUCGGUUGGGCUGCCCUUUGUGCCGAUGUCCGUGGCCGGAGGAAGACCAGGUUCCCUUAUCAGAGAUCAUUGCGCAGCUGCGUCUAUGCCGAACACGCAAAGUGGCAAAGCUGGCCAUGAAGUUAGAGACAGCAUUCCAGCAGGUGAAACUUCGUUUUGAUGAACGACCAGAAGUGUCACACUAUCGCAUGGGAUCUGGUUUCUUGCGCUUGGAAGAAAACCUUCAUUCGGCCUCCAGUUUUUUGAGCCAUCAACUCACGGGCUGUCACAGCGUCGCACAGAUCUUGUCAUUUCUGGAUGCCCGACAUGUCACAAACAUGUCAGCGGCUUGUGCAGCGUCUCAUCGCCAUUGUUGGGCCGGGACCAAACUUCGGGCGCCCAAUGUGAAGGUCGGCUCAGUACGCUCCGCGUUUCAUCGAAUCCUUCCGGCAACGGCGCAGAUAUUGUUGGUAGACCCCAGCCUCGGUUCCGCCAUGUGCAGGGGACUCUCAGGUUUAGAUGUGGUUGCCUUCUCAAAGUGGCUGAACGGAUCCAGCAUGCGCGAGCUGACCAUGACGGGUGCAGACUGGGAGAGACUGGAUCCAGGUGCCUCGUAUUUGGCGUCCAGCUUGCAGAUUCGUAAUUUGCGACUCUUGGACCUCUCCCACAACGGGCUCACUGAUCUGAGUGCCCAAAAUUUGGCCAACGCCCUUGCAAGGAGCGGAGCCGCAUUGGAAGUCCUAACGCUAGAGUUGAACUUCAUUUCGCAGCAAGGCUUCGAAUCUCUCCUGUGUCUUGGAGCUGGAAGUGUGCACAGCUGGGGCUUUAGACACAAUCAACUUGGAGACGAGUCUUGCAGAAUUUUGGCCAAAUCAUUGGACCCAGAGAUCAGCAAGUUGGGAAAGCGCCGUCUUGAAACGUGGGACUUGCGCACCAAUUCCAUUGGUGCAGAGGGCUGCAAAUUCUUGGCCCAGCUGAUUGGACACAUGGUGGUUGCCAGACUUGGCUGCAACCCUCUUGGCGAUUAUGGAGGUGAGCAAUUGGCGAAUGGCUUGGGUCCUAAGCUUCGAAUUUUAGAUCUACGCCAAGCGCAGCUGGGUGAGGCGGCCACCUUAGCCCUGGGACGAAAGUUGCGUGAAGCCUCACAGCUGGAGGAGCUGCUAUUGUCGGGGAAUGAAAUUGGACCGUCUGGUGUUCAAGCACUUGCAGAAGGUUGGGCCUGGAUCUCCACCCUUCGCUUCGUGGAUCUCUCGGGCAAUGGACACAUCGGCAACGAAGGGGUCGAUCUGAUUGCGGAUGAGCUGCCGUUUUGGCAGCAGGCUCCAUUCCGCUUGUCAUUGGCCAGCAUCAACUGUGAAGAGAAAAGCACAAGACGUUUAGCACAAGCCUUGCGAAAGAAUCCACGACAUCAUCGUCAGUGGAGAAUCGAGUUGCAGAACAAUCCACUACCCACACACGCUGUGCUGGAGAUUACUCGACUACUUGAACCUCGAGAGCCCGCGAUAUUUUCUGGGCGCCGAAACUUGUUCUCCAGAAUAUGUCAGAACUGUUUUGCCUUCUCGACUUCAAAUAGUAUUGGAACAGUUGCGCCUAAGCAGUGUUUUUGCAUGGUUUUGCCAUGCAGCCAGGACCAUAAUAUUCCAUUGCUUGUGGAGGAUCUGAGCUGACCGGAACUUCAAUUGUACAGAUUGAUGAUGGCUCUUGCCAGCACAAUCCGCCAGAAUUCCGUAGCCGUAGCUAUUAGGUGAAGCUGGUUCUGCAAAGCAGAAUGCCAUAUCUUGACAUUUGUGCAUUCCUUGUUCUUUCGCUUGUCAUAGCACGAUGGUCCGUGCCUGUGCCUAGCCAAAAA